GACUCGCGCGCUCUUGGGAACUCAAUUUACGCGUCGAGAAUAUUUCCUUAAUUCAGGAUUCAUGAAGCAGGAUUGACUGAAGGUAGAAUUUAACAUAUUUUAGCAGUACAAAAUGUGCGAAGAAAGCGACAACCACUUUGGAACGGAGGUUUUCCAGACUGGACAGAUGAAGAUCUCCGAUGGGAACUUGGAUCAGGCUGAAAUCUCUGAAUGUAGAGACACGAACAUUGUUCCAGCCUGUAACACGCGUUUAUACCGGAGAAGAUGGCUCAUUCUGUUGCUCUUUAGCUCUUAUUCACUGUGCAACGCGUUCCAGUGGAUCCAGUAUGGAAUCAUCAACAACAUCUUCAUGAAGUUCUACAACGUCUCUUCAUUCGCCAUCGACUGGCUGUCAAUGAUCUAUAUGCUGACUUACAUCCCCUUCAUCUUCCCAGUGACAUGGCUGUUGGAGAGGAAGGGGCUGCGGGUGAUCGCUCUGUGCGCAGCUUCGAUCAACUGCGUGGGAACGUGGAUCAAAGUGGCCAGCGUCCAGCCGAACCUGUUCUGGGUCACGAUGCUCGGACAGUUCGCCUGUUCCUUUGCGCAGGUGUUUAUUUUGGGAAUGCCGUCUCAGGUGGCGUCCGUGUGGUUCGGAUCUGAUGAGGUGUCCACCGCCUGCGCCAUCGGCGUGUUUGGAAACCAGAUACCAUCUCUCUCUGCUCAUCCUCCAUCACCUCAGGUUCCAAGGCCGCAGAUAAGUCAGUUGAUGGGUGAGUUGCCUCCGGCUCAGAGCAGUUACUGCAAAACAAUGAAUGUGGCAGUUGAGGAUAUCUUUCUUUCCAAUGAGCUGAGCUACACGAUCACGGGGAGGUUCUCUUUGGUUUGA